AUGCAUAGUGAUUUAAAUUUACGGUCAUUCUAUGCAGGAGACUCUUAAAAAGAUAAUCAAUUGAUAUAAUUAUUGAUCACUUGUAUUGAAGGUAAUUAAAACGUGAUUUACAAUUAGAAAAUUAUCAUAAUGUUGCUAUUUCAAAUUAUGUGAAAGAUUAAUAAAUAACAAAGUAAAAUGCUUCCUCUUUUAAACCUUACACUGAGGAAUUCUUAUUAUAGAAAUAAUAGCAAAGUCCAAACAUAUCAUAAUUCACAGGAAAAAUUAAAUAAUAUUCAAGACUCACUCUUGAAGCUAGCGAUACAAAAUUCUUAGGUUCGAUUAAAUAAGAUAAUCAAUUUUUAUAAGGUUAUGAUAUUAUUGCUAUCAAACCAAAGAGUGAAGCUGUAUUUAUUUAUUUAUGUACAACUCUAACAGUACAAUAUCAUUUUAAUAUUGUAGUAUUUUGAUAUUAUUACUUUUGAUUGUUUUGAAAAGCUUCCAUUUAUUCCAAAAGCAAAAGUAAGUUCAUAACUUUUAGACAAAAAUGUUAUGUUUGAAAUUAAUUAUGGUGAUGCAGUUUAAGAUCCUAAUAAAAGAAGAUAAUUCAUUUCAAAUGCAUAAAUUAUUAUCAAUGCAACUAAAGGUAGAAAUAUUAUAAUGUCUUCUGAUACUAAUUAUUGGCUAUAUCAUAGAAGUCCUUAUGAUUUAGUAGCAUUAGGAAUGACAAUUGGUUUAAAAAAAGAUUAGGCUACUUAAGCAGUUAGUACAAAUGCUGAUAUGGUGAUUAAGCAUGGCAGUAUUAAUCUUUUAAUUUAGUUCAUAGAAAAGCUUGUAAAGGUGUUAUUUGUGAAGCUGCUUAAUAGGACAUUGAAUAUUUUGAAGCCAAGAAAAAGUAGAUCAAAGAUAAAUAAUAAGAGAAAAUUAGCAAGAAAAUAAAACUAUCUUAAGAAGCUUAUGCUGUCAUUUAAAAUGAAUAAUGA